AUGUGCUGGUUUACAGUCAAGUAUGCCACCAUGGUAUGGUGGAAAGCGGCGGCAUUGAUGCUUGCGGAGACCGUCUCUCUUGGUAUCCUCUCCGUCCCAUCCGUGUUCGCCACCCUCGGAAUGGCUGCCGGCGUUAUUCUCGUCCUUGGCUUGGGAAGCAUAGCCACGGCAUCUGGAUACAUGAUUGGAGCCUUCAAGAAUCGAUACCCUCAUGUACAGAACAUGGCUGACGUCGGGAUGGUCCUUGCAGGCCCCCUCGGACGUGAAGUCCUGGGUGCUGCACAGAUCAUUUUCAUGGUCUUCGUCUGCGGCAGUCAUGUCCUCACCGGUUUGAUCGCGUUCGACACCAUCACCGCCGGCGCGUCUUGCUCCGUACUCUGGGCAGGCAUCUCUGCCAUCAUCUGUCUCGUCCUGACAAUUCCCCGGACGCUCGCUGGCAUCUCGUACCUGAGCGUUGUAUCAUUCAUUUCCAUCUUGACCGCUGUUCUGAUCACGAUGAUUGGCGUUGGCGUUGCUGGCCACAAGGGCGGCAUCACUGCGCAUGUCAACCUCGAUUUUGCGAGUGCGUUCCUGGCCGUUACGGAUAUCAUUUUCGCCUACGCUGGACAUGUCGCUUUCUUCACCUUCAUCUCCGAAAUGAAGAACCCCGAAGAUUUUCCCAAGACACUUUGGGCACUUCAGAUUGCAGACACAACACUAUACCUCAUCGUUGGCAUCGUUGUCUACGCGUACGCGGGUGCCAGCACCGUUUCCCCUGCGCUCGGAAACACGGGUACCGUGCUCAAGAAAAUCUCAUAUGGCAUUGCACUCCCUACAAUCAUGAUUGCGGGUGUCAUCAACGGACACGUGUGCUCAAAGCUGUGGUUCUUGAUACGCAGAUUCCGCCGGGAUGAUGGGAAAGCCUCCAGACACAUGACGACGCAUACAUGGACCGGCUGGCUGGCAUGGAUCGGCAUUUGCUUUUCAGUGUGGGCUGUGGCGUUUAUCAUCGCCGAGGUGAUCCCGUUCUUCAACGACCUGCUAGGUGUAAUCAGUGCCAUCUUCGCGAGUUGGUUCACAUACGGCAUUUCGGGAAUCUUCUGGUUCUGGCUCACUCCGCGCUCGGAGAGGUGGUCCACGCCAUGGCAGAAAACGAAGGCCAUCUUCUGGGGCUUCAUCAUCAUGAUGGGUGCAUUCAUCAUGGUCGCCGGUCUGUACUCGAGUAUCUCAGACAUCGCCGAUGGAUACCGGGACGGGUCGUUCUCAAGCCCAUUCACAUGCGCGGACCAAGUUUAA